AUGUCGCUGACACUCGGCAUGGAUUACUUGUGAGUUCCGCCUCUUUCUUUUUCCCCCCAUCUGUUGCUGUGCUUCAUCAACAAAGUGGAACAACGGGAACAGCCCGAUCCACGCCACAACAUUUGCUCCAUUUUCUCGCAUACACUACGUCUCGCUCUUUUCUGGGAAUUCGUACUGACCCAAUGCCUUUCUCUCCCAGCAACAAUGCGAACUACACCUCGAUCGCUGACGCCAUGCUCCCGCAUACCCAAAACACCUACUGGCACGAAUUCGCCGAAAUCUCCAAAUACAACGUCUCCCUCAACUACUUCGAGCGAUUAUGGGCGGCGUGGUACGCGUUCAUGGGCAACGAUGUCCUCGCUACGGGGAUCAUGAGCUUCGUUAUGCAUGAGGUGGUGUACUUUGGAAGGAGUCUGCCGUGGAUCAUCAUCGAUCGCAUACCUGCUUUGAACAAAUACAAGAUUCAGAACGUAUGUUGGAUACGAAACGAACAACCGGGUGAGGGAAGAGAGGCUGACCUCUUUGGAUAAUAGCAAAAGAUACCUUCGGCCAAGGAGCAAUGGGACUGCGCGAUGCUCGUGCUCUUUUCGCAUUUCACCGUCGAGCUGCCGCAGAUCUGGUUCUUCCAUCCUAUGGCGCAAUACUGUGGUCUUGAAACCAGCGUCCCCUUCCCGCCGAUUUGGAAGAUGGCCUACCAGAUCGCAAUCUUUUUCGUUCUCGAGGAUACCUGGCACUACUGGACACAUCGCGCCAUGCACUGGGGCCCGCUCUACAAGAACAUCCACAAGAUCCACCAUCAGUACUCCGCACCAUUCGGACUCGCGGCGGAAUACGCCUCGCCCAUCGAAGUUAUGAUCCUUGGUCUGGGAACGGUUGGCUCGCCCAUCCUCUGGUGCGCCCUUACCAAGGACUUGCACAUCUUGACAAUGUACAUCUGGAUUGUGCUCCGUCUGUUCCAGGCCAUCGACGCGCAUUCCGGCUACGAGUUCCCGUGGAGCUUGCACCAUUUCUUGCCUUUCUGGGCUGGGGCUGAUCACCACGAUACGCACCACGAGAAGUUCAUUGGCAACUACUCGAGUUCGUUUCGAUGGUGGGAUUACGUUCUGGACACGGAGAGCGGACCGGAAGCGGCGAAGAGGAGACGCGAGAGGCGAACGGCGAAGAUGAAGGCCAAGGCGCAAUAG